CAGGGACAUCUAUUUUCUAAGCUGUAAGCCUUGGCUGCGAGUUCAAACCCCAGGCUAAAAGGUGGCCCUUAGGUUUCCUAAAGCCAGACAGCGGUUCUUUGCGCGUGAAAAACACGGCCGGCUGGAAUACGGCGGGAGGUGUGACAGCUCCUUCGCGCAAAGCCCACCGUGGACCCAGGCAGCUCACUCCACAGGUCCCGGGCGUCGCCCGCUCGGCGCCAACUGGCGGCCGCAGUGCGCAGGAACGGAAGCUGGGCCGCCCUUCCCCCACCUGCUUCCGGUCGCGGCUCAGUUCUCGCGCCUCCGCCUCCGCCGCGGCUCGUGGUCGUCCCGCCAUGGCACUGUCGCGGGGACUGCCCCGGGAGCUGGCCGAGGCCGUGGCCGGGGGCCGGGUGCUGGUGGUGGGCGCGGGUGGCAUCGGCUGCGAGCUCCUCAAGAACCUCGUGCUCACCGGCUUCUCCCACAUCGACCUGAUUGAUCUGGAUACUAUCGAUGUCAGCAACCUCAACAGGCAGUUUUUGUUUCAAAAGAAACAUGUUGGAAGAUCAAAGGCCCAGGUUGCCAAAGAAAGUGUACUGCAGUUUUACCCAAAAGCUAAUAUCAUAGCCUACCAUGACAGCAUCAUGAACCCUGACUAUAAUGUGGAAUUUUUUCGACAAUUUAUAUUGGUUAUGAAUGCUUUAGAUAACAGAGCUGCCCGCAACCACGUUAAUAGGAUGUGUCUGGCAGCUGAUGUUCCUCUUAUUGAGAGUGGAACUGCUGGUUACCUUGGGCAAGUAACUACCAUCAAAAAGGGUGUAACUGAGUGUUACGAAUGUCAUCCCAAACCUACCCAGAGAACUUUCCCUGGCUGUACAAUUCGUAACACCCCUUCUGAACCUAUUCAUUGCAUCGUUUGGGCAAAGUAUUUGUUCAACCAGUUGUUUGGGGAAGAAGAUGCUGAUCAAGAAGUAUCCCCUGACAGAGCUGACCCUGAAGCUUCCUGGGAACCAAUGGAAGCUGAAGCCAGAGCCAGAGCAUCUAACGAAGAUGGUGACAUUAAACGUAUUUCCACUAAGGAAUGGGCUAAAUCAACUGGAUAUGAUCCGGUUAAACUUUUUACCAAGCUUUUUAAAGAUGAUAUCCGGUAUCUGUUGACAAUGGACAAACUGUGGCGGAAAAGGAAACCUCCGGUUCCGUUGGACUGGGCUGAAGUGCAAAGUCAAGGAGAAGAAACCAAUGCAUCAGAUCAACAAAAUGAACCACAAUUAGGUCUGAAAGACCAGCAAGUUCUAGAUGUAAAGAGCUAUGCAUGUCUUUUUUCAAAGAGCAUUGAGACUUUGAGAGUUCAUUUAGCAGAAAAAGGGGAUGGAGCUGAGCUCAUAUGGGACAAGGAUGACCCAUCUGCAAUGGAUUUUGUCACCUCUGCUGCGAACCUCAGGAUGCAUAUUUUCAGUAUGAAUAUGAAGAGCAGAUUUGAUAUAAAAUCAAUGGCAGGGAACAUUAUUCCUGCUAUCGCUACUACUAAUGCAGUGAUUGCUGGGUUAAUAGUAUUGGAAGGAUUGAAGAUUUUAUCAGGAAAAAUAGACCAGUGUAGAACAAUUUUUUUGAAUAAACAACCAAACCCAAGAAAGAAGCUUCUUGUGCCUUGUGCACUGGAUCAUCCUAACCCUAAUUGUUACGUAUGUGCCAGCAAGCCAGAGGUGACUGUUCGGCUGAAUGUCCACAAAGUGACUGUUCUCACAUUACAGGAUAAGAUAGUGAAAGAAAAAUUUGCUAUGGUAGCACCAGAUGUCCAAAUUGAAGAUGGGAAAGGAACAAUCCUAAUAUCUUCAGAAGAGGGAGAGACAGAAGCUAAUAAUCACAAAAAGCUGUCAGAAUUUGGAAUUAGAAAUGGGAGCCGGCUUCAAGCAGAUGACUUCCUUCAGGACUACACUUUAUUGAUCAACAUCCUUCAUAGUGAGGACCUAGGGAAGGAUGUUGAAUUUGAAGUUGUUGGUGAUGCCCCAGAAAAAGUGGGGCCCAAACAAGCCGAAGAUGCUGCCAAAAGCAUAACCAAUGGCAGUGACGAUGGAGCUCAGCCUUCCACAUCCACUGCACAAGAGCAAGAUGAUGUGCUCAUAGUUGAUUCAGAUGAAGAAGGUCCUUCAAAUAAUGCUGACAUCAGUGAAGAAGAGAGAAGUCGCAAGAGGAAAUUAGAUGAGAAAGAGAAUAUCAGUGCAAAGAGGUCCCGCACAGAACAGACGGAAGAGCUUGAUGAUGUUAUAGCAUUAGAUUGAACAGAAACGCCUCCAAACAGAACCCUCUUACUGGGCAGAACCAGGUUAUUUGUUAUGUUCUUUGUUCCAAAGGGAAAAAAUUGACACCAGUGACUUGAAGAUGAUUCUGCUCCCUUUGAAAGAAAGCAUUCAUUUUGCUAGAACAAUUAGAAACAUUGCGGUAUGCUGUAUUGAAAGUAGGAAUAUAGUUUUAAAGCCUUUUGAACAAAGUGUGUGCAUAACCAGUUACGAGAUGAAACAACACAAUGCAUGUUGCCUUUUUAAUGUAAAUACCCUUAGGUAUCAUUUAACAGUUUUAAAAUAUUGUGGUUUAGUAAAGAUACCUGGUUAUAAAUAUUAUGCCUUUAUUUUUGGUUAGAAGAAGAAUUAUUUUUAGCCUAGAUCUAACCAUUUUCAUACUCUUAACUGACUGAAACAGAUUCAAAGAAGUAUCAAGUGCUAUGCAUUGAAAUGUGUUUUUAAAUGUUAACUGGCACUAUGUAUAUUAAUGUAAAACAAUGUUAAUUUACUCAAGUUUUCAGCUUGUACUGCCUGGUAUGUCUGUGUAAGAGCCAAUUUUUGUGUAUUGUUACAGUUUCAGGUUAUUUAUAUUUGAUGUUUUGUAGAACUCAAAUACGACUAUACUGUACUUAUGGACCAAAUAAAUGGCAUCUGCAUACUUGUUAUACAUGCCCGCAUAGUUCACGUUUCUGCUGCCUUACUGGGUUUAUAUAUUACUGCAGGCAUGCAAAAUUCUUUCCUUCUAAAGAGUUAACUCAUAAUGGUUGUGAAGGUUAAAUGAUCUCCACUGUUUGCCAUAGAUAAGUACUUUCUAAAAUAAAACUUUUAUGGCAGUGUUACUUUUUAAGUUUGGAUUGUAAACAACUGGCCUUCCGUUGAGAACAUUAAGUGAUCUUUGCCCAGCCCCAGGAACUUAGAACCUUGGAUUUGAGAUUCCAGAGCGGGGGAGAGUCUUCUUUAUUCUGCAGUCUUCUCCGGGUUGCCCCUCCCCACCCUCUCCCCCGAUUCAUCAGAGUCCCUUCUUGAGUAUUCCAUUUAGGGCCCAACUCCAGCCUACAGAAGUGGCCAGACCAGCCCUAGAUGGAUCAGCACCCAUGUCUCCGCCUUGGACCUCAGAGGGCCUUGGCCCUUAGGGUACUCUCCUCACACAGAUGUGCCUUGAGUUUUCAGAUAACAGAAACCCCUGAAGCUGUUCCCCCCCCCUUUGAUACCUCAGCCUUUGGUGGUUUUGUGGCUACAGUCAAUUAAAUUUCAGAUUGUUAACUCAUUAAAUUUUGUUCCACUUUGUAUAAUUCUUACUUUGCCAUCUAGCUUUUUAACUCUUGCUCCUUGUUUUGUAUCAUUUGUAAAUUCAGCGUGUAAUCAGAGCCUUCAGAAAAAUCAUGUUGAA